AAAAAAAUAUUUUUUGUGAUUUUUUCUUAAACUGUGCCUAAAACAGUGAGAAGGUCAUGUCUGAAAAUGACGAAAAAUCGCGAAUUUUGCUUAAAUCUGGAUUACGCAACGUGAGAGAAAGAAAAGUGCCGAACAGGUCACUGAAAUUUCUGAAGGAUUUUGUGCAUACUUUGAUUGAGAUGUCAUGGCUUAAGACGAUGUUUAUCUUUGUUUCCGCAUACUUUGCGAGUUGGACAUUUUUCGCUGUUCUCUGGUACUUAAUUGCUUGGGCGCACAACGACAUGGAAUUCGAUGAAAUUACCGGCGAGCGAUUACACGACGGCAGAGAAGCUUGUUUAACUGGCGGCGAUACUUUUCACGGAGUUUUCAUGUUAAGCAUGGAAUCGCAAGUCUCAACUGGUUACGGAGAGCAUUAUCCGAACGAGGAAUGUCAUGAAGCCAUUUUUCUCUUGAUCGUUCAACUCGUAACUGGCGUCCUGCUCGACGGAUGCAUGGUUGGAAUUUUUUACCAAAAAAUGAUUCGUCCCACGAAAAACACAAAAGCAGCUCGUUUCAGCAAAAAUGCCGUAAUUUGUCAACGCGACGGUAAAUUAUGUCUCAUUUUUCGUCUCGUCGAUCAUCGGCAGCAUCACGGCAUCAAAACCAAAGUAAAAGCAUUUAUUUUUCGCGAAAAAGUAUCUCUCGAAGGCGAAUCUUUGGGACAAUGUCAGGCACGUUUAAAACUCGUAUCGAACGGAAAACUCUUCCUUUUGUGGCCCGAAACCGUUUGUCACUUUAUCGAUCGAAAAAGCCCACUUUACCAUUAUUCAGCAAAAAGUCUUCUGAACUCCUCAUUCGAAAUUUGCGUUUCUCUCACCGGUGACUCACGUAAAACGGGCCAAACGGUUCAAGCAAGAACUUCAUAUUUGUCUUCGGAAAUUCUCUGGGGUCAGCGUUUCACGAAUAUCAUCGACUACGAUCACGAAUUCGACGAAUAUGUCGCGGAUUACGAGAGAUUUGACGAAACGGUGCCCGUUGAAAUGCCGCUUUGCAGUGCCAAACGCCUCGAUGAGCUGGAAAAAGAUAUGAAUUACACGCGAGAAUUGGCGGCAUUGCGAAAUUUUGAAAUAAAAGACAAUCAAAAGGACUUUUCGGAUGACGAGGAGGACGACGAUGACUUGGAAGAUUUGGAAGAAACGCGAUUCGAGAUGAAUCGACGCAUUACGAGGACCACAAGUGUCGUCCAAAAUUACCAAGGAAGUGACGAAACGGUCGAUCGAUAUCAUUACAAGACGAAAAGUUUGACGGACAUCGAACGAGAACGAAUUAUCGCAGCGAAGGAAAAUUCGCGACGCCUGAGAAAAUAUCAACCAAGCCUUCAAACGAUGGAACUCGAUUACGAUUAAAUUUUUUUUUAAUAAUAAUGAAUUUAUUUGAUUCUCUUUUCACGUUUUUUCUCUGUUUUCUUUUUUUUUUACUGCGUAAAUAUGCAUUCUUAUUAACUUUUUCUUCAAUAACUAAUAUAAUUAUAUAAAAUACAAAACAAAUAUUACAUACAAAAAAAAUGUUGUUAAUUUUUAAAAAUCAAAA